GCCCCCGGUUCCCCCGGUUCCCGGUGCCGGUACCGGCCCCGCCAUGCCCUCCGCGUACCCGCAGCGAGCCCUGACGGUGCUGCUGCUCUUCGGGACGCUGUCGGCCGCCAUGGCGCUGCUCUCCUCCAGCCUCAUCUUCCAGCUGCCCUCGGGCCGCGCCGCUCCCGGAGCGCUCCCGGAGCCCGUGGCCGCCGCCGUGCUGCCGGUGUCGGCCGCGCUGGCCGCGCUCUGCCUGGUGCUCAACGUGAGCUGCCUCCUGCUCUGCCUCCUGCACGGCUACUGCAGCACCGAGCUGGGCCGGGGGCAGCGCGGGCCCGAGCGGGCUCUCCGGUUCCUCCUGGACAGCCGGGGCGUCCGGCACGCGGCCAUCGGCCUCUUCUGCUGCGGGGUCUGCCUCUACCUCACAGCCCUGGCCCUGUCCAUGCUGCUGCUGUUCCAGCUGGAGGCCGGCAUCGCCGGCGCCUGCAUCCUGACCUCGGGAGUGCUGCUGCUGCUGCUCUCGCUGCUGCCCGCGCUGCUCCGCGCCUCCCGCACCAUCUCCUGCAUCUCCCGGGGCUCGGAGCCUUCCCAGGCCCUCUGCGAGAACCACUCGGCCCAGCCCGGCCCCGGCACUGCUGCUGCUCCGCGGCCCCGCAGGGAAAUCCCCCGGGAAUUCUCCUUCCCGCCCUCCCCGGAGCGCAAAUCCCGGCCGGGCUCGGCCUCCAGCAGCAACCCGAGCUGCGGGAGCGAGGAAUUCCCGAGGGAAUCCCAGUGGGAAUUCAAGGAACCCCAGUCCCAGGACUGGUCCCGAACCCACAGGACACUUCUGGAUUCAGGGCUGCUGCAGGAGCAGGGACACCCCUGGAAUGCCAGCAGCAGGGAGAUGAGCAAUGCCAUGUCCCACAGAGCCACCAAGGACUCCACGCUGGUCUGAGGGAAAUCCAGGGGUUUUCUCGAGGAGGAGUUGAUGGUUUUUUACGGUUUUGGGGUUUUUUUCCCUGGAAAAAUUCCUUUAUCCACAGGGAAAAUCCCAGUGCUGCCUGCCUGGGAACCCAAAUCCAUCCCAGCUGCGGGAGAGGAUCUGGGGAGCAGAAAUUGGGAUCUUCACCAUUUCAGCAUUUCAGCCUUUCCCAGCAGAUCCCGGCUGAUUUCCCUUCUCCUU